CCGCAGGAGUCUUCUGGAUAAGUCGGGUUCACAGCCAUAUAAGGUUAACAUGAGCUUAGUGAUAACUGCAAGCAGACUAGCCCCGCCACUAGUGUCUUAAGGUCAUUGCUCUGAUCAACAAGUGUAUAGUAGGUGUGAUAAUUAGCGGCUGGCAAGAUGAGCAAAGGACAGACCUGGUCGAUAGAAGAACAGCUCAGACGCGACUUGCAAAAUGCAGAGAGCGUCAACACAAUGCCGGCUAUGGUGUGGCAUGUCGAGAACAUGAAGUUGGUAAAGAUGGAGAACAAAGUUAUUAAAGAGGGUUUCUACGACGGUGAUAGCUACGUUAUUCUGGACUAUCGUAAGGAUAAAACCAAUAAAAAACAACCAGUGCUACACAUCUUGCAUGGGAAGAAUGCGAGCACGGAUGAGCUGUUUUUCGCAGCGACGAAGGCUAUCGCGAUCGAUGAUGAAUACUUUGGCGGCAAAGCGAAGCAAACAGUACAGUUUCAGGAGAAUGAGACUAAAGAAUUGAUGUCCCUUUUCGGAAAAGAAAAUAGCAUAGACAGUGUCCUGAGAUGGAGGACUGGCGGCGUGGAAAGCGCCUUGAAGAAUGUCGAUUCGCUACCGAAAGAUCCGACUGAGUUAUGGCUUAUUAAGGGAAAACGAAAAACCAAAGCCAAAGAGGUUGCUGUUGCAGGAGAGUCUCUCACUUGCGAUGAUUGCUUCGUUCUGGUUAGCAAUAGCUUUAACAUCUAUGCGAUCAUCGGCAGUAAGGCAAACAAGUACGAGCGGCUUGCGGCGAGUGAGCUUGCAAACGAUAUUAAAGAUGGUGAGAGAGCGGGAAGAGCGCACGUCAAAUUCGUCUCCACUUUAGACCUUAACGAUAUAAAAAAGAUGUCGUCCGACGAAGAUGUGAUGGCCAUUCGGAGAUUGUUGAAAGCUGGUAGGAACCUGGGCCUGGGAGAAAAGCCAUCUCUUAUCUCAGACGAGGAAGCGGAAGAAAAAUACAGGGGAGACACCAAGCUGUACAGGGUGUCGGAUGCGGCCGGAGAAAUACAAGAAAUAGGGGAAAGACCGCUGACUCAGAAACUGCUUGACGAGAAUGACUGCUUCAUACUUGUGACCCCUGAUGGUAACGUGUAUGUAUGGAAAGGACGAAAAGCUAGCUCAGAAGAGCGUAAGCAAGCUUUCCUGUACGGCCUAAAGGCAUUCAAGGAAAGUACAAAUAUUCCCUUAUACGCAAGUGUCGAGCUGAUCAACCAGUUCUCCGAGCCUGCAUCCUUCCGCUCGUAUUUUCAUGACUGGGUCACAAAAAGUCAGACCGUGGGGCUAGGCACGCCCUAUGUCGGGGUCCAGCUCGCCAAACUGUACACCCAAAAGGCAGAUGCCAGCAAGUUUCACGAUAAACCAGCUGUCAGUGGGCCCCCGGAUGCGUUCAAGGAGGAUGACGGGAGAAGCAAGGAGGUGGGGUUCUAUCGCGUCACCGAUGGGGGAAAAGUUCAAUGCAAUACUGCCGCCAAAGGGAUCUUCUUCUCCGGUGAUUCUUAUCUCGUCGUCUACACAUACCGGACCCAACGAGGCCAGAAGAAAAGCAUUAUUUACUUCUGGAAGGGCAAUGAUAGCCGGGUUUUCGAGAAGGGUGCAGCCGCAAAGUUGACCGUGGAUUUGGACAACAACAAUUUUGGAGGAGACGCUGUGCAGGUGGAAGUAAAUGAAGGGAAAGAGCCGCCUCACUUCUUGCGCAUAUUUGGCGGUCAUCUAAUCGUGUACCAAGGCGACUACGAAAAUCCAGACGAAUUUAAGCACAAGAGACUGUUCCAAGUGCGAGGGAAGAGAGAGAACGAAGCUCGUGUGGUGGAGGUUGCUGGCGUGGAUGCCUCAUACCUAAACAGCAACGACACGUUCGUACUUAUCAAUAAUAGUUCUACGAUCAUCUGGAAAGGGAAAGGAAGCACAGGGGAUGAGGUGGAAGCUGCUAAGGAGGCGGCGAAAAUCAUCAAUCCACAGGGCGGCGAUAAUUACGAUCUCUUCGAAGAAGGGAGAGAAGCAACCAAGUUUUGGGAAAUACUUGGUGGCAAGAAGCCUUAUGCGAAUAACAUACUUUUGCAGAGUAGCGAAGCUCCCGAGCCUCGUUUGUUUCAUUGCUACAACAAGCGAGGUUCUCUCGAAGUGGAGGAGAUCGUCAACUUCGGCCAGGACGAUCUGGUGGACGAUGACGUCAUGUUCGUUGACCUCGGAGACCACAUCUACAUGUGGGUGGGCGAGGAAGCCAAGAAGAGCGAGGUCGACGAGACGCAGGAAUUCAUCAAGGAAUACAUCGCUUCCGACCCAACGCCUCGCAACGAACGUAGCUUCGUCAUCACUAGGCUGAGAGCGGGCGCAGAAACAGACGAUUUUAAAGCGUUCUUCGGGGUGUGGGAAGAUCACAGGACGGCCGCCAAGGGCAUGAGCAUCGAAGAAAUGAAAGAACUUCAAGAGGAGGUUAACAAGCAGAUAGACCUGUCACAACUAGAAGACGUUGGAGGUGAAAUUACCAAGUUUUACCCGUACACGGAGCUCAAAGUCAACGUGGAGAAUUUACCGGAGGACGUGGAUCCCGCACUCCGAGAGGAGUAUCUGGAAGACCACGAGUUUAAGGAACUCUUUGGAAUGAGCAAAGGAGACUUUAGAUCGUUGCGGGAAUGGAAACGGAGGGAAUUGCGUAAAGAUAAAGGGUUGUUUUAAGUCUGUUUAAGUCUUGCAUAACUACGACUAUUAAAAAUUUCAGUGCUUCCGAAAAAUGCAUAGUCAGAGAACUAGCAGGUUUAGUUAACGCCUGAUUAAAGGCUAUAUAAUUAUUUGACUAGUCCAUUAACUUUUAACAUUAACAUGAACACUUUUGCGCGCAUUUUUAGUCCACUUUAAAGAUUUGUUAAUUAGCUCAACAAGCGUUCGUGGCGUUUUAUUUUCACUCAAUUUUCUAUUUCACUCUCUAUUUUCACUAUAGCAAAUAUAGCUUACAAGAGUAGAGUUUGCCUUUGAAUGGUCGCAAAAUGAUUAGCAAUACAAAAGAAUGUUUAGUACACACGCACAAAGAGGGCAGCCACUUGUGAACAGAAUACAAGUCUGGUCAAUAAACUCGAUUAAAUGGCA